UCAAAGAAGGAUGAAAAGAGGAGUUAUUGUAAAGAUGGCGAGUGGACAACUUGUGUCACUAAUUUCCAUGCAGUGAAUAUAGUUAAAACUAAAAUACUUAUUAGAAUGGUGUUAAAAUCAAUAUUUGUUCUUAUCCUAGAGUGUAUCACGAGUUAUCACAGUAAGUUAACAUACACCUAAAUGAGUAUAAACUAAUCUUAAACUUUACCUAAAUAGUGAAAUGAUACCACAACCAAGAAAACUAGACAGAGGACAUACAAUACAUUAAAACGCUCUAAACUGAAUAAUCUUUUAGCUGCUUCGCACCCUACACCGGAGUUUGCGACCUGCUUAAAAGAAUUCGGCUAUGAGCCCCCUUGUUCCCGCAACAAACUAAAAGAUUAUUCAACAAGAAUGAAUAACUUCUCCACGAUGCCGAAUGAAUCAAAUAUGGAAGGAUGCGGCAACAAUUCGCGCCCCGAUUCAUUCGUCGAUAUAACAUCUACAUGCCACAGUGUCUUUCCAGUAAACGUAUCAACCAAGCGCAGCAGUGCUGCCUUUAUUAUUCUUCGCCUGAAACAGCUUGAAGAAGAGCGCGCAAUGCAGCAGCGCAUAUGGGAGAUAGAGAAAAUGUUUUUGGAGCAGGAGAAACAAAAUAUACGAGAAAAAUACAGAUUACUGGAGGAGCAAUAUUGCAGACAACGGAAGGCAACAAAACGUAUACGUCAAACGUAUACAGUGACCACUGUGGAGCACAACCCUCUACAUGUCGACCAAGUUCACAAACAACAGAAAUCUGCAUUCGAGUCAGAGCUAUUGAUACAGCCGACGCAAAUGGAUUUCUCAUCAGAUCGAUCACAACUAGAUGGGACUCAGCAGCCUAAAAUCAGCGCGAUCCCAAAAUCGAUUCUGAAAGGUCAAACGAUCGAUCGACGUGUCACUACACCUGAUGUGCCACUAAGCUUCACGUCAAAUCGACCGCUGCCCACUCAAUCUAAUGAUAAUUUUUCCAAUGCUCUAUUGGUAUGUGUAACUGUAAACUCAACCGCAGUUGAAAAAAUGGAUCAAAAAAUAAACAUCAAAGAGUGUAAAUGUGAUUGCCAGCUAAGGAAGCCCUCCGACCUCGUACCGUUAAAUGUUCCUGAACCAGACCCUCCUCCUCAGAAAUUCUGCUUAGUAUGCGGUAACUUUCGAUCCAAUAGCGAGCCAGGAUACGAUCAUAUCAUGUGUUUAAGUGUGUGGGUGGGCCAGCGCGAUCACAUAGAAGUGGUAGAAUCACAAUACUUGCCAACGGAAUGUUACUUCCCAGUGAAAUGUAUUAAAAACUACUUAGCGUGGUUGAUAAAUACGAAGCAUUCUUGUCGAACAGUUUUGAAGAGUGGCGAUGUAAACUAUUCUUCAUGGCAAGAAAAGCCUUGAUUCAGAAGUUUUGUGGAUGUUCCAGUGCGUCUGCUAGGAUUUCAGAACGUGGGUAAAAAUAAAUCAAGGUUCUUCGAAGGUAAUUGGAAACCUGUUCGAGUUUGGAACAGGCCAAUAACACUGUAACAUGCCGCGAAUGUGGUGUUGUAGUAGUCCAAUGAUACAUAGUACUAUUUUAUGGAUUGGGAUUUAAUCAAAGUGGCAACAACUUAAGCUGAGCUCGUUUGAUGAGAAUGGAAAGAUUCAGAAACUCACUCAUAAGAUCGAAGGACGAUGCUCUCUGGAGAAAACUUUAAUUAUCGUGAAGAUGGAGAGGAUUUAUCGGCAUCGCGGAAUGGUUGUGGAUGCAGUUAAAUGGGAGACGUUUGAGGAAUAGGCCGCUAUUUCGAAAAUGAAACACACGUCUAUGGAAUAUAAGGAUGAACAAUGUAUGCAGAGAACUACCGUAUGCAUUAAUGUUGAGAUCCAUGGAAGCGCGAUGGAAUAAACCGGAACAUUCUUCUGGAAACACAUUUCUUCGCAACAUGCUAAUAUAUGACUGGGGAGUAGCCGUUGCGCUACUUGAUGG